AUGUCGAGCAUUCCGAGUGGAACCACUAUGACAAAUAAGACCGGAAUCUACGCGCUGCCCCCCGAGCUAAUCCUCAGCUGCGCAGAGUACAUGACCCCCAAGACCGCCCUUGCGCUCUCGCUAACCUGCAAAGACCUUAGGGCGGUGCUCACCCAGCUGAUCGCCGAGAUGCGCGAGUGCUGCCUCGCCGAAGCGGUGCACUACCACGAGCUGACGUACCUGGCCUCCAUCCCGGCUGGCCAUCCGCGGACGCGCACGUACCGCACGGCGCGGGCACUGCCACCGCAGCCUCUCGUCGAGGCGGUGCGGGCCGGCCACCUGGGGACUGUGAAGAAAGCCCUCACGAAGUUCCACAUCAGCCCGGACAGCUACGAUCUCCAGGCGCAGCCGCUGGUGCAUCUUGCGGUGCUUUACAAGCACCCCGAGAUUGUGGAAGUGCUGCUGCAGCACGGCGCCGAUCCCAAUGUCACGUCCAAUCGGCUCGAGACGGCGCUGGACUGCUGGGCCAACAAGGCGACGGCGGAGGAUAUUGCGGUGCUCCGGUUGCUGUUGGCGGCCGGGGCGAAGAGCGCCAUGCCGCGGCUGCUGGAUUAUCGGGCCCGCACGCUGGACCUGGAGAUCGGGCUCGUGGAGCAGAUAGUGCUGCGGGAGCUGGAGUGUGGCCUCGUCUUGGAGGAGCUGUUUGAGGAUCAGACAUUCUUCCUGGCGCUGCGGUACGCGACCCCCACGUAUGUGCGCGUGAUGGUGGCGAUGCGGCCGAUUUUGCUGCAGCUGAGGUCGCAGGAUGGUCGCGGGCCGGUGGCGUAUGCCGCGGAUCAUGAUCGGCCGGUUAUGGUGGCUUGUUUGGUGGAGUUGGGGGCGUGGGAUGCGCCGCCUCACUAG